AUGGCUCCUCAUGUGGCAUUUGACACCGAUCAGGUCAGAGAUAAGGCUCGUAAAGACCUGCUCUACCUGCUGGAAGGAGUCCGCGGUAAGAAAAAUCUCGUGAUUGAAAAGAGCCUCGCCGGCCCUAUUGGCCUCAUCGUCAAGGUCUCUACCUUGCAAGACUACGGCGUCGACAAGUUCUUCUUUUUGGAAAGUAAAAACGCCAGCACCAGCCAGCGCAAUGUCGUUUUCAUUGCGAGAGGCGAAUGCGCCCGUAAUGCACAGGAAAUCGCAGAUGAGAUCCGACGACUGCACCGCGAAAGCCAGACUGGGCAUGAAUUCCACAUAUUCUGGGUCCCCCGGCGGACCACCAUGUCUGAUAAGUUACUGGAAGAGGCCGGGGUGCUCGGCGAUGUGAACAUUUCGGAGCUUCCGUUAUACUUCUUCCCGCUCGAACGGGAUGUGCUAUCACUGGAGCUCGAAGACUCAUUCAGAGACCUUUUCCUAGCCAACGACCCCACGCCCAAUUACUUGCUCGCACGUGCUCUGAUGGGCAUUCAACAGAGACAUGGCCUGUUCCCACGAAUAAUCGGCAAGGGUGACAACGCCAGACGUGUGGCUGAGAUGCUAUCGCGGAUGCGCCAGGAGCUCUUGGCAGGCGAGGAUGUGAGCGACAAGAUCGGGCUCAACCCUAGUACGACAAUGGAGAGCGUUAUAAUAAUCGACCGAGAAGUCGACCCCGUGACUCCUCUGCUUACACAGUUGACAUAUGAGGGUCUGAUCGACGAGGUCUUUGAGAUCCAGCACAAUCAGACAGAAGUGGACUCCACUGUCGUCGGUGUGCCACCACAGUCAGCAGCACAAAACAAUUCUACUGCCCCAACCUCAAACUCGACGGGGAGGAAACGAAAAAUUCAGCUCGACUCGUCCGAUAAGCUCUUUGACCAAUUGAGGAACGCCAACUUUGCCACAGUUGGCCCUCUACUGAACAAAAUAGCACGUCGUUUACAGAGCGACUACGAUAGUAGGCACGCGACCAAGACCACCGCUGAACUGAAAUCUUUUGUCCAGAAGCUGCCGGGUUACCAGGCCGAACAGGCGAGCUUAAAGGUACACACAGGCCUAGCAGAGGAAAUAAUCAGCCAUGCGCGCACCGACCUGUUUCGAAAACUCCUUGAGGUCGAGCAGAACCUCGCGUAUGGCUUCGAACCAUCGCUCGAAGCAAUUGAAGAACUCAUUGCGUGCGACACCCCGCUUCCCAAAGUCCUCAGACUGCUCUGCAUACAUUCCUGUCUGUCGGGAGGGAUACUUGUGAAGGACUUUGAGUUCCUUAAGAGAUUGGUGCUAGAAGGCUAUGGCUACCAGCAUCUGCUCACGUUACACAAUCUCGAGAAAUUACAGCUCUUCCUUUCUCGUACAUCGCCUCUGGCGCAAAUGAUUCCCAUGACAGGAGCAAGUCACGGCGCGACAGGCACCAAGACCAACUACACCUACCUUCGAAAGCAGCUCCGCCUCAACGUCGAGGAAGUAAAUGAUAACGAUCCGACCGAUAUUGCGUACACAUACUGUGGAUAUGCUCCGCUUUCGAUUCGACUAGUGCAGUGCAUACUACAGAAGCAAUACCUUCUUUCCAUUACAAAGGGCGGCAGUAGUGUGGUGCCUGGCGCCGCGGGUGUCGUCGGCGGGGCUCAAGGGUGGAAGGGCUUCGAUGAUGCCGUCAAGCACGCCAGAGGGCCUACUUUUGACGAGGUGCAAAAGGGUGAGGAUAAAGCGGUCAAGGCGCGAGCGCUGCUGUCGGGGAGCGUGGAGAAGCGGACCGUAUUUGUGGUUCUCGUAGGUGGCAUAACUUUCACCGAAAUCGCAGCGUUGCGGUUUAUCGCAAAAAAAGAAGAAGACCAGCUCAAUCAGGAGAGCAGCCGAGUGUACACAAUGGACGGAGGGGUCAAGAGGCGGUUGAGGAAUUCCACCGGGUCGGGGAGGGAUAUCCCGUCCAAAGGGGCCAAGGACUCGAUCCAACUCGGUGACCCCUUGUCGGCGUCAACUCCACCUCGGUCAUCGCGAGGGACAUCCAAAAAAUCAUCCAACCCAUCGCCGUCGAUGCGAUCUCGGCGGCUGGCUGCGAGGUCGUCGCCCACUGCACAGCCGGAACCGGCUCAGCUGCCGCCGGCGUCAACUUCUGCACCUUCGGGCCUGGUCAGCGUGAGAAGUGUAUCAGUUGCUAGCACCGAGGAUGCGUCCGAGAUCAUCGUCAAGACGGGUGCUGCUGAGAUGACAAGUUCCGAAGAUUCCAUGGUCUCCACGCCGCUGGGGACUGACAGCCCCCCAUCGAUGGAGGAUCCUCUUCCCACGCUCAAGCCAUCCCCGUCAGCAAUGGCUGGAGAAGACGACGGCCCCUCAUAUUCGAGAUGCAUGUCAGAACUGAGCGAUCAGUCAGAGCUGUCCUCCGUCCCUUCUUCCCUAUCUAGUAAAGCCACAACACCCAUUGACCUUGACCGUCCCGAGCCGCCGGUCCCGCCUGUGCCACUGGUCCCUGCGGCCCCUGAGAUAUCGAAGCCCUCAGCCCCGUCCCCCGAGCCCACCAGGGAGGAGGCCCAACCUCCUCCCGAGAGUGUGCGUCCCAUUGAGUCUAUGCAGCCGCCGCCAACACAGCCGGCCCCGCGGCCAGCCAAGUUCAGGAUAAAAUAUGGGCAGAACAAGAAAUAUGAUCUCAGACCGAGAACUUCGAUCCCAACCGACGUUUCCACUCAGGAGUAUGCCAUACAGUGCAUCGCGGCUGCCGAGUCGUCGAGACUGAACCCAUACGCGCUUCAUCCAGACGAGUAUUUGAUGCUUAGGGACCAUAUCAGUCAAGCACAGAUAACCACGUACUUGAACCUCAGGAAUGGAAUAUUGAGGCUAUGGGUGCGAAACCCCACAUUCGCCUUGACGCGGGAAGAGGCUAUCGGUUGCGCUAAGGAUAGCCGCUGGUUUGACGUCGCAAGUGUCUGUUUUGACUGGCUUGUACGAGAAGGGUACAUCAACUUUGGCUGCUGCGAAGUGCGUCCCCUCCGGUCCAGACCCGGAGCUGCCGGCGUUCCAACCAAACAAAAGACUAUUGUCGUGAUUGGGGCAGGCCUUUCGGGCCUAGGCUGUGCUCGACAGUUACAGGGCUUGUUCGCACAAUACGCCAGGCGAUUUCGCGAGCGAGGUGAGUUGCUGCCAAAGGUAGUGGUGCUAGAGGGCAGGUCUAGAAUUGGUGGAAGGGUCUACUCGCGACCUUUUAGAACGGCACCGCCCGUUCAAGGGAAUGGCUCCCCGAGGCGAUACACUGCCGAGAUGGGAGGCAUGAUUAUCACUGGGUUCGAUCGGGGAAAUCCGAUAAACAUUCUAAUUCGCGGUCAGCUGGGUCUCGGCUGUCAUGCGCUUCGAUCAGAUCUCAAUCUGGUCAAUAUUUACGACACCAACGGCAAGCCUUUCGAUUCGGAUCGAGACAUGCUGAUCGACAAGCUCUACAAUCACUGCAUCGAAAGGGUUGCAGAGUACAAAUGGAAGCUGCCGCUGCCCAAGUUGCUGGAAGGCAAGCGAGACUUGAUUGACGAGGGCAAAGACAGCUGGGCAGAAGUCCACAAGACUAUCAGCUACGUGGAAGAGACGGCAGCGGCACAGCCGCAAGCCCCGUCAGUGGCCGAACAGAACAUCGCACCCAGGGUCGACCUAGUUCCAGUCUCGUCAGACCGAGCGACGGGUCGGGUUCAUCUGGAGCCUGGAACACCUGCGGCGCACAAAGCAGCACACGCCGUAAAACUGCUGGGCUGGAAUCUGAAGCAAGGCGUUAAUGAUGACGCCGAUAUUGACAUUGGACCGGCCGUCAAUGCCCCGGAUGCUACGUUCGGGUCGGUCCUCGAUGAGACAAUCAUGCAGUUCAAGGACAUCGUGGACCUCAACUCUCAGGACAUGAGGAUGUUCAACUGGCAUGUUGCCAAUCUUGAAUACAGCAACGCUACCAACGUUCACCAACUGAGCCUUAGGGGCUGGGAUAUCGACAUGGGCAACGAGUGGGAAGGCAAGCAUACCAUGGUGGUUGGAGGCUAUCAAAGCUUGGCACUUGGUCUUGCCCAGAUUCCUUCAUCUUUGGACAUACAGUACAAAAAGGUGGUCAAGGCCAUCAGGAGAAAACCAUCCAACGAAGAUUCUCUCCCUGCCGAUGAACAGCCAGGAUAUAAGAUUGAGCUGGAGGAUAGCACCAGCAUAGAUGCAGACUACGUUGUCAACACUAUUCCGCUCGGCGUGCUCAAACACGGCGACAUAACGUUCGACCCGCCACUGCCAUCCUGGAAGGCAGACGCCAUUGAGCGUCUCGGUUUUGGAGUGCUGAACAAGGUCGUGCUUGUGUACGACCAACCUUUCUGGGAAGAGGACAAGGACAUAUUCGGGGUGCUGCGCGCACCUCAGAGUCGAUCAAGUCUGCACCCGAAGGACUAUUCGUCAGGGAGAGGACGAUUCUUUCAGUGGUUCAAUGUGACCAACACCAGUGGCAUGCCUACUUUGCUUGCGUUGAUGGCUGGCGAUGCCGCCUUUGACACGGAAAAGACCCCGAACGAUGAUCUGGUUGCGGAGGCCACUGAGGUACUGCGAUCCAUCUUUGGUAAAUCUGUGCCUCAACCAAGGGAGUCAAUCAUCACCCGCUGGGCCUCAGAUAGGUUCGCCCGCGGUAGCUACUCAUCUGCAGGCCCCCGCAUGCAGCUGGAGGAUUACGACCUCAUGUCGCGUCCCAUCGACAGGUUGUAUUUUGCAGGAGAACAUACCAGCGCGACGCAUCCCGCCACUGUCCACGGAGCUUACAUGUCCGGCCUAAGGGCUGCAGCCGAGGUCCUCAACGACAUGCUUGGACCCAUAGAGGUGCAGACGCCCCUGAUCGUUCCCAAGGAGACUGGUACGACUUCUACACUUCUCAAGCGCAAGUCGACUGCUGAUCAGGUCCGGGAUCCGCAAAAGGAGGCCGAGGAGGCAUGGCAGGUUCGACUUUGGGAGCAUCAAUGGUCUCUCCUAGGCGAUCACCCAUUGGAGCCUGCCAAAGUCGCAGUUAAGGCGCACUUGCUCUUCUCCAAGGCCAACACAGAGGCGGCAAGGCAGAGGUGCCUCGAGGGGCGUCGGCCUGGCAAGGGUCCUCCCACGGCCCAUGAGGUCCGUGCAAUGGCCAGCAAGAUGUGGAACGCAGCCUCUGAGGAGGAAAGGCGGCCGUUCCUUGAGCAAGUUGCGGCGCUCAAGGAAGCGCACGUUAAGGCAGUGGCAGAAUGGAAGGAAAAGUCCAUCGAAUGGAACAAGCAGGCCCUUGAGAUUGCGGCCAAUUUUGAAAAAAAUAAUCCAAAACCCACAGCCAACAUCAACGCCGUCGUCAGCCCCAGCAAUGUUAAGGAUGAUAUCAAAGCAUCAAUACCCGCUGCUGCGCCGCCAACUGUGGAGGAGGCUGGUCAUCAAGUCAAGAAGCUUGCGGUCGAGAAGGUCGACUUGAAAGAGGAUGGAGACGUCGAAAUGGCGAGUUGA